AUGUCUAGCGAGACCCUCUUCCCGCACGCAGUAUUUCCUUACCGACUGGAAGUAUGUCAAGCCCCGCUGGGCGAGGCAGAUGUCGGAGUGAAUAUAUGGGAAACAUUGCCCAACCUCAAGUCACUCCGUAUCGCCUCGUCAACUAGUGAAGUCACCCUCGUAGAAAACACGCACGAAACGAAGGAAGAUGGAUCUAAGAAAGAAGGUUGGGUUGCUCAUGCGCAUUCAAAGGCCCUUGAGGCUAGGGCUAAAUGGAUGGAAAAACACGGCCUGCCGAAGUCAGCUCCAACUUUGUAUGGCCCAUCACAACUCAAGCCUGAUGCUGCCCCCUUUGUCCCUGCGAAUCUGAGACACCCUAAUAUCUCGGACAGUUCUAGCUUUGAUCACGAAAUAUCCGCAUCCUCAGGUAUACCGUGGUAUCCUGCAUUUCUGUUCGGCGUAAGCUCCUCCUCUCCCGAGGCGCAGAGAAUUGCUGCGGCUACUUUGGUUGACAGUCAGCCCUGGAAUAUCGAAUGCAUAGUAAUACUUGCUAGGGAACUUUGCUGUUGCGCCGCAGAGCCACUAACGGACGCACCCGGCGCAGUGGCCAAGUUCACCCGAGCGGUGUAUGUCCGACUUCGCGCAGCUUCGAAUGAAUGGAUGGCUCGAGCGCUUCUGCGCCACCUGCAGGAUAGCGCUUGCGAGUUCUUCAAUUACUUGUGCGGCAACCAUCACUCACACAAUGCAGGCCUGUUGUUGCCCCAGCACGUCUCCGCAGCAAUGUGCCUAGGAUCCUUCGUAGGCGACCUCAAUACGGAAGGUAUGUUUACGCACAGCGAGGUGAAAGCGUGCGUCGACGUCCUUCUGGCUGAGCCGCUCGCGGUGGAAAAGCUGCAAGUUGUGUAUCGCCUGCUCACUUCCUCGUCGCCUACGUUAUGGUUGGGAGAAACUGCUUGUAUCGCUAAGCAGGCGCUCUUGCAAACACUCAGAAUUCAGGCCGCUCAUAUGGUGCCUAUCAACGCACCAGCUUUCGACGUGCCUGCUUGGGAUGCGAAUCGUAUCCAUGAACUGGUGGAGGCUAUCACUUCUGUUUGCAACACUCGGAAUGUAUAUCAUGCCGCACUGUUCCCAUGA